CGAAAGAAAAACAAGAAAAUAAUGUUUCUGAGCUCAUCCUCAGGCUAACAGCAGACUGAGAUUCAUCUCUUAGGUAUGGAGUCUGCAGAUCUGCUGCUGCUUUUCCUGCUGCCUCUGGCCUCUGUUGAUACAGAUACUUUAUCUGGGAAAACUCUGUUUUUCCCGCAAGAAUCGGCGAACUCCUUUGUGAUGCUCAUUCCCCUGAAGCCUCUCAGUUUGGAUGCUUUUACUCUGUGCAUGCGUCUCUCUGUGGAUCCAGAUGUGGCGAACCAAGCGAGACGGGAAACCAUCCUCUUCGCUUAUCGAACCCAAAACGCUGAUGAACUGAAUGUGUGGCAGGAAAAAGGCAAAAUCAGCUUCUACUUGAGCAGCAGCGGCGACGCUGCCUCGUAUUCCAUCCCUCUUCUGUCCGUUUUCCGUACAAACCUGUGUCUCACCUGGGAGUCCAGCACCGGUCUGACUGCUUUCUGGGUGGACGGGAAGCGCAGCACCUUACAGGUGUAUAAACAGGGUCAUCGGGUCCAGGCCAAGGGCUUGGUGGUGCUGGGACAGGACCCUGACUCUAUCGUGGGUGGUUUUGAUAUAAAUCAGAGUUUUGUGGGUGAAAUUACUGAUGUGAACAUGUGGGAUUCAGUUCUUACAGGCAGUCAGAUUAGACAGCUCAGUGAAAACGAGUGGACAGGACCAACCGCUAACGUUCUGAACUGGAACACUAUGCAGUACGAUUUUAGGUUGGGUCUGAGCGGUAAGGUGCUGCUGUUCCCGUACGAGACGGACUUCAGUUUCGUGAAGCUCACGCCGCAGAAGCCGCUGGGUCUCUCUGCCUUCACGCUGUGCAUGCGGGUGGCGACGGAGCUGGAGGGCGAGCGGCAGGUCAUCCUGUUCGCCUACCGAACGCCCGACUACGACGAGCUGAACGUGUGGCGCGAGAAAGACGGCCGGGUCUCCUUCUACCUGAGUGGCGACGGCGCCUUCUUCAAUCUGCCGCCGCUCUCCACCUUCCGCACGCACCUGUGCCUCACCUGGGCGUCGCGCACCGGCCUCUCCGCCUUCUGGGUGGACGGGCGGCGCAGCGCCCUGCAGGUCUACAAACCGGGACACAGCAUCCGCGACCGCGGCACCGCCCUGCUGGGGCAGGACCCUGACAAACACCUGGGCGACUUCGAGGCGACGCAGAGCUUCGCGGGUGAAAUCACCGACCUCAACAUGUGGGACUACGUCCUGUCCGGCAACCAGAUCAAAGCCCUGUACUUCAACCAUCGGCAGCGUCUCCCCCGCGGAAACGUCUUCGACUGGAGCUCCAUCCAGUACGAAGUGCACGGGAACGUGCUGGUGGUGCAGGACGACUGACUACACCCGGUGGAGCUGCUGGACACACACUCGCACUCGCACACACACUCAAACACACACUCAAACACACACUCACACUCGCACACUAGUUCAUACACAGGUUCACACUGUGGGACUGCGGUUCUAAUACUUUCUCUCCUGAUCUCAGAUAUUUACUACUAAUAUUUCCUAAUUUACAAAUCAGUCAAUCAACCUUUAUUUUCACUCUGUAAUUCAUUGAGGACAACCCUAAUUUUAAAGGGAACUUAAAGGGACUAAAAUCAAUCAAUUAAUAAAAUAAUCAAUAACAAAUUAAAUCAAUGUUUUAAUCAGGUAACGCUAAAAUAAAACUUCAUAAAUAAAACCUGAACACUACACUGAAAGAAAGCAGCUGAGUGAUGCACUCUAAAGAGGGGAUUCCCGUUAGUGAUGACUCUCCACAAGUCAUUUUUUGAGUCCAUUUCAUACAUUAUGUCUUUUGUCCUCACUGGAACAUAAUUCAUGUCUAAAAAGGUUAAUUGGCUUUAAAGUGUUUAAAGUGUCUAAACUGUUGAAGCCUUAGCUUGGUAAAGUGAUCAAUACUCACUUUCAACACUGAAAUAGAGCAUAAAUAGAAAUAGAGUGAUGCACUCUAGAGAGGGGAUUCCUGUUAGUGAUGCUAAAAAUGUUUACUCCCCUAUUUUCCCCACAAGUUAUUAAUUAAUAUGUUAAUACUGAAGUUCAGAGCUAAAUAUAACAAACAAACAAACAAAGUAUAAUUUCUUAAUUAUUAUAAAAUACAAAAAAAAAAUACAUUCAUAUUUUUGGAUAGUUUAUUGUUGAAUUUUCUGUACUUAUAAGAAUAAUUUGAUAAUCAGAAUGGAUUUAUGUUGUCUGAGUUGAUAAGAUUUGUAAAGAUUUUUUCUGAAGUGUAAAUGUAAUUAAUUUAAUAACUGAUUACAUUCUGGUGUAAUAUACUGUAUAUAUAGACACACACUAGUUCAUACACAGGUUCACACUGUGGAACUGUGGUUCUAAUAUUUUCUCUCCUGAUCUCAAAUAUUUAAUGUGUUUAUUAUGUCGAAUCUGUCUAAACUGUACAAAAUGAAAUCUUAGCAAAUAAAGUCAUCUAAACUGAAGUCAAAAAAUAAUAUUUUCUAAUGUAUAAAUCAAUCAAUAAACCUUUAUUUUUUCCCUCGGGAAUACAUUGAGGUCAAUCCUCAUUUUAAAGGGAAGUUAAAGGGAUUCAAUAAAAAAUUAAAUCAAAUAUUUCAUCAGUUUAUGCUUAAAUAAGGAAUUUCGUAAACAAAACACUAAGCACUACCUGAAAGAGAGCAGCUGGGUGAUGCACUCUAGAGAGGGUUAUCCCGUUAGUGACGCUAAAAGUGUUUAAUGUACCUAAACUGCAGAAAAUGUAAUCUAAGCAAGUAAAGUCACCUAAACUGCGGUCUAAAAAACUAAUAUUUUCUAGUUUAUAAAUGAAUCAAUUAGUCAACCUUUAUUUUCACUUUGGAAUACAUUAGGGACAACCCUAAUUUUAUAGAGAACUUAAAUGGAUUCAAUAAAAUCAGUUUACGCUAAAAAAAGAAACUUCAUAAACAAAACACUGAGCACUACCAGAAAGAGGGCGGCUGAGUAAUGCACUCUAAAGAGGGAUAUCUGGUUAGUGAUGGUAAAAGUGUUAUUAAAUGUUUUUAAUUUUACAACUUACUACUGUAUUAAUUAGUAUGUUAAUACUGAAGAUUACAGCUAAGUAUAAAACAAAAACAUAUAUCACUGUAUUAUUUUAAAAUAAUACAUUUGCAUUAUUAUGUUUUGAUAAUUUAGUUAUUCUGUAUUCUGUAUUAUUUUUUAAUUACUGUAAUAUACUCUAUAUAUAGACAUACACUCGCACACACACUCACACAAUACUUCAUACACAGGUUCACACUGUGGGACUGCGGUUCUAAAAGUUUCUCUUCUGAUCUCAAAUAUUUAAUGUGUCUAUUGUGCCAAACUGUAGAAAAUUAAAUCUUAGCAAGUAAAGUCAUCUAAACUGUAGUCUAAAAAAACACAAAUAUUUCGAAUUUUUUAUCAAUCAAUCAACCUUUAUUUUCACUUAGUAAUUAACUAAGUGUAAACCAAUUUUUUUAGUGCAGCCAAGAACUUACAAUUUAAACAGAUAAAAAAAAUCAAUUAAAAUUAAAAUAAAGUAUUAAAUUAGGUUACGCUAAAAUAAGGAACUUCGUAAACAAAACACUGAGCACUACCUGAAAGAGAGCAGCUAAGUGAUGCACUCUAGAGAGAGAUAUCCGGUUACUGAUGCUAAAAGUGUUUACUCCUCUGCUUACCCCAUAUUACUUUUACACCUGUAUUAAUGAAUAUGUUAAUACUGAAGAUAAGAGCUCAAUAUAAAACAAAUGGUAACUUUAAUAUUACCUCACAAUAAUAAAACAGCUGGAUUAUUAUAUAUAAAGUAUUUAGUGUUGAUUAAUACUAAGUGGAUUUCCUGUUUUUUAUUUAUUUUAAUGAUAAGAUUUUUCUACAUUGUAAAUGCAAUUAAUAACCCUACUGACACUGGUGUAUUAAACUGUAUACUUUACUUAAAAACAACCCAAUACAAACAACAUGUUUAUUUAUUGACUUAUUUAACUAGAUGUCUUACAGUUUUAUCUCUGAGGUUAUAGACUGUAUUUUGCAGGAACUCCUGGUAUAGUGUAUUGAUUUGCAUGUAUUGUGGAAUAUAAUAGUAAAUAGUAAAUACUGUAACUAAAUGUUAAUAUAAUUUUAGAUUCUGGUUUGACUUCAAAUGUCCAAUAUAUCUCAGCUUUGUAACUAAAAUGUAUGUAAAAUUGUUGUUUUGGAGUUUUUUUCAUUCCAUUAUGCAGAUCUCUGAUUAAUAAAAUAAUAUAUCUUCUCUCA